CGCCCUGGGCGUCAUGAGUUACUUCCUGUCUUACUGCAAAGCUCAUGGCGGCGCGCUGCUCACCGGCUACCAGGCCCUGCGCGCCGAGGGCUUUCUGUGCGACGUGACUCUGGAGGCCGAGGGCAGCGAGUUCCCGGCGCACAGGUCGCUCCUCGCGUGUUCCAGCGACUACUUCAGGGCCCUGUUCAAGAGCCACACCCGGGAAUCCCGGGCGCCCGUGAUCCACCUGCAUGUGCCGUCAGCGGCCGGCCUGCAGCGCCUGCUGGACUUCAUCUACACCGCCUGGCUGCCGCUCUCCAUGGACACCGUGGAGGACACGCUGGAGGCCGCCAGCUACCUGCAGGUCACCGAGGCCCUGGGGUUGUGCGGCCGCUACCUGGAGCGCCAGCUAGCCCCUGAUAACUGCUGCUUCGCCGCCAACAUGGCGGCGCGCUUCGGCCUGGUGCACACGCUGGGCGUGGCCGAGCGCUGCAUUGUGAGCCACCUGCGGGAGCUGCUGGCGCGGGGCGCGGGCCCCGCCGGGCUGCUGGAGCUCAACCCCGCGUCGCUGAGGGCCGUGCUGGGUGCCCCUGACGUGGCGCGCGUGCCCGAGGCCCGGCUGCUGGGCCUGGCUCUGGCCUGGCUGCGGCAGGAGCCCGAGGCCGAACGGCUGGCCCACUGCGCCGCGCUGCUCGAGCGCGUCCGCUUCGGCCUGGUGCCCACCGACGUGCUGCGGCGCGUGUACUCGGGCUCCGGCCUCACCCUGCCCUCCCGGGUCAAGGGCCUCAUCAUCCAGGCCCUCAACUACCACACGUCGCCCUCCCGCCAGCCGCUCAUGCAGGGCGAGCAGACCAGCGUCCGGAGCCCCCAAACCCGCAUCUUGUUGGUCGGGGGGUGCAGGGGGCGGGAGGUGGUGACCGAGGAGGUCGUGGCCCCCCGGCGGGCAGCCAGGGGGAGGGGCGCCGCGGCGGAGCCCGAGGAAGAGGAGGAGGAAGAGGAGCAGGUGGAGGAGGAGGAGGAGUGGGAGCUUACCCAGGACGUGGUGGCCUUUGACGGGUACAACCACCGCUGGCGCAGCCUCACGCGGCUGCCCGCUCCGCUACUGGGACACAGCGUGUGCGCCGCGGGCAACUUCCUGUUCGUCCUCGGCGGGGAGACCCCGUCGGGCGGCGGCUCCUCCCCCACAGCCGACGGCCUGCGGGCGGUCACGGCCGAAGUGCACCGUUUUGACCCGCGCUUCCGCGCUUGGACAACUGUGCCCGCUAUGCGGGAAGCGCGGGCCCAUUUCUGGUGCGGCGCCGUGGGUGAGGGGCUCCUGGCCGUCGGGGGCCUGGGCGCGGGCGGCGAAGCGCUGGCUUCAGUGGAGAUGUACGACCUGCGCUGGGACCGCUGGACGGCGGCCGGGGCGCUGCCGCGGGCCCUGCACGGCCACGCGGGGGCUGUCGGGAACUGCGGCGUCGUGUAUGUCUCCGGGGGCAAGGCGGGGAGAGGCGAGGGCGGCGCGAACAGCCUCCGGGACUUGUUCUCCCUGGGCCCCGGGGAGCAGGCGUGGAGCAAGAGGGCGCCUAUGGGCACGGCCCGCUUCGGGCACCACAUGGCCGCACUGCGCGGCGCGCUGUUCGCCUUUCUGGGGCGCUACGAGCCCUUCUCCGAAAUCGAGCGCUACGACCCCGGCACCGACCAGUGGACUCGGCUGCGGCCGCUACCCUACGACCGCUUCUGCUAUGGGCUGGCCGUGGUCGACGAGACGGUGCUGCUGCUGGGAGGCCUGAAGUGGCAGGACUCACGCCAGGUGCCUACCCGCAACGUGGUGGGUUAUGACCUCGACCUGGACCGCUGGGAGGACACUGGCUGCGCGCUGCCUUGGGCCUGGAGCGGCCUGCAGUGCGCAGUGCUGCAGCUGGCCGAGGGUGGGGACGAGGAGAGGGAGGGAGAGCCUGGAGAGGCGCCAGAUUUAGUGCUGGGCUUAAUGGGUCAGUGAGCAAGUCGCGCCUGACCAGGCUUACAGAGCAACCCGUGGGCUUUUCCUUAGGCUUGGCCAAAGAGGAACAUUUCCCCUUACUCUGAGAAUGGGAGACAGGACGGGUCAAAUUUAGAAGGAUAUAUGAAUCAUCUUCAGUGAACUGGGGAUUUCUAGAAAUUCUCAUGCUGGGCUAGACAUGGACUUUGAAAAUAAAACAUGACCCUAUUUUCCCUCUGGUAGUUAGUGUUUCCCAGGCGCUAAACAGUGACUACUUCUGUGCCAAACAGCCAAAAAACGUACCAUAAGAAAUUAUGUACAAGACCAGAAAAUUGUUAGCUAUAAAGACUGUAAUAAAUGGUUCUAGAAGAUGGCAUUAUCUGAAUAAAUAAAUAUUUAUCUGAAUAAAUAGUGAAGGGAAAGUGCCUUGGUUAAUAAACACAUGCAAUCAUUGUAGGAAGAACUAUGAUUUUAUGAUCCAGAAUCAUGGUUAUAGUUCUGCUCUGAUAGUUUAAUAUAGAUAUGGAACUGAGAGGAAAAAAAUCUCUAAGAAAGCACCAUUUUUUUUUGAGAAAAUAACCUAGGUUAAGUUUUUCUGUACUUCAUCCUUACUUACCCUAGUCUGCUUUUGCCCUGGCUUUUGGCAGCUCAUUGGUUUUAAGUUUUAUUUCUGCAGCCCUUAGCCAUAAUAAUCAGGCUUCUUUGGCUUAGUGGAACACCUAAGAAAAACAAAUCAAAACCCUAUUUCAUUCAUCCUCUUUAAAUGUUCAUUCUGCAGACAUGCUGUAGGUAAUAUUUGUAAAAAAAUAUUUUUUAAGUUUAUUUUUAGUGGUACCCCCCCCCCUCUGCCCCACCUUCCCAAAAGAAUCACAGAGAAACGAAAGAGGAGUAGGUGAAAUUUUAAAGUUCCUUUCAGGUAAAUGGGAAACCAGCUUGAUUUUGCAGGACCUCUGAGAAGAUUCUUGUAUACACUGGACAGGUGCUUCUUCUGGCUUGUACCACCAAUGGAGUGACAAAGUUAAAACCUGUAACCGGGGGUGGGGUGGUGGGGUGGUGGCGGCUGUGUGAUUAGGUCACAAAGAAAUGUGAUGAGGACUGCAUGAAUAAAAUAGGUGCUUUAUAAGGAUUCAUUAAGAGCUGAAUUUAUUUGACUUCAGUUUACAGUGCUGCCUCU